UAUACCUGGUCUGACCAGGUUUGAAAGUGCGGUCACUUCAGUUUUCAUAAUGUUGCUCUAUGUUGGAAAUUGCUGCUGCUCCUUACGAUGGAGCACGCUGUUUAUUGCGCUCAUUUAUAUGGUGCUGUCGGUACCCCUGAUGGUUACAUUUGGAACCCCUGUCUUCCUGUACAAGGUGUAUGGAGCAGAUAUAGAAAUCUCCACCCUCUUUUCCUUCUGCAUAAUAUGUCUCAGCUUAAUACUCCAAUUUGCAGCUGGAGUCUUCCUCGUAGUCGCUACUAUUCAGAAAUCUGCUGUCUGGAUGUGGCCAUGGAUCUGGGUGUCGUUCCUCCAGAGUGCUGGCUUGAUCAGCAUUGCUGCAGUGUGUACUUUUAUAUACAUUUACCAGGUCACCAAGGGCGAGAUUCCAGACGACCCUGAAGAGCCGAAGACGUACGCUGCAUUCACGAUUUAUGGGAUUGUCCUUUACUUCGCUACUUCAGUGGUCAAUAGUUACAAACGAGAUUUGUACCCUGAAACUGCAAGCAACAGUGUCAACGAGCAAGCAGAGAUGGCGCCACUGAGCGCCGUUUGAAUAACAUUCUAGAAUAGAUCAGCAGCCUGCAAGAAGGUCUUGGCCACCCUAGUCUCUGUCUACCCCUGCGGGAAACAGGUCUUUUAUGAUAAUCUUGGUGUUUUAUCCUAAAUAUAAAAUAAUAUAUUCCUCAACACAAUCGACUGCGAUCGCGGUCUGUCUGCCUCUGCGUACAUCGUUCCGUUUUAUGUGAGAUUUCUUUCACAAAAACUGAGCAAUCCAUGUCGACUGGCCAUGAUCUCGGCCGAUGUAUAAAGUUGUCUACACUAAAAUGGCGAGCUCAUUGGGUUCUCAUAGACGUAUAACGACAGGCGUGAUCUCGGAUCUUUGGACAUUUUCUAUUAAUAAGAGAUAUGAAUAGGAAGCGACUGAACCUAUUUGUAAAGUAGAUGAAUUUAUUUUGUAUCAAAUUGAGUAUGUACGUUUUUGUGGGUUGAAUUAGCCAACUUUGACGUUAACUUUGAUCUGCGCUCCGUUUCUGAUUAGACAAAAUGGCGUACUUUGCGUUGUUCUGUUGUUAAUUUUCAACUGCGAAAAUUAACGUCAAAGUUGACUGGUGAAACCCACGAAAACACACAAUUUGGUACAAAAUAAAUUCAUCCACUUUACAAAUAGGUUCAGUCGCUUUAAUAAACCUGGUCACAGAUAACUGUAACUAGAUUAUUUUAUAGUAAAAUAGUGUAAUUUUUAUAGACUUUUAUACUAUGUGAGAAAAGCAAGGAAGAGAAAUUAAAAUAGAGUAUGAUAUAACUAAUCCUGUAUUAUCUUUACAAUGCACCGCUUCUCUUAGAAGAACGCAAUUUACUUUUGAAAAUCAUAAAGGUAUGUACCUACUUAAAAUUCCAUUAAUUUUUUUACCUGAAAAAUAUUCAUAAGGAAUGUUUUGAGCUUGUGAAGAAUCAACAUUAUACCAAGGAUAUUAUUAUUUUUAUCUGAUGAUGAAAAACUAUUGUCGAACCUGUUGAUAUUUUAACACCAUUUUUUAAUUUGUAACAAAACUAUGAAUAUUUCAUGCAAAAUAUUAGUGAUAUUUUUGUAAGUACAAAAAACGCAUUACCUAUAUCUGUAUCUAUGUUAGACUAUAAAUGAUUUGAUUGCCUUUGUCAUUUGAAGAUAAAUAAAUAAAUGAAAAAUAA